UUCGCACGCAAAGAAAAAUUCAAGGAUAUAUGUCGUUUUAUACACUAUACAAGGAUAUCAUGGAGAGAAGGACGAUCUUUCCUCUUUGCAGUAGAAACGAAUCAUCGAAGAACUGCUAAAGAAUACAAAAGAGUGCAAUUCUCUUUUCAUCCUAGACGCUUGAAAAAGGAAGAGCAACCAGUGUUAAUCGCGCGUGAAAAUGUCCCAAGAGUACGCGUCACCGUGUGGAAGACGAUAAAACGCGUACCGGGAUAAUCAUGACUAGAUAAGCGCAUGGCGGAUAAAAAAUGAAUAGAGGGAAAGCCAGGAUCGGAUUUGUAGGCUCCCCGCAAAACUCAGAAUUUCGGGUUGCCGUUCAAUGGAUUUUUUUGCAAGUGUUUCAUAAAUAAUCAAUUGAAAAGAAAUCAAAUAUGUUGCCAAAUAAUCCGCGGAAAUUUGCGGCAGAGAGAGAAGCAAAUAGUCAUGAGAUCCAUGAAUAUAAAACGAAGGUAAGCUCAUUUCCCGAAGCAGUCUUGAGGGAGAUCACGCGCCCCCGCGGACGGCGCGAGUACGAGAUCUGUGGUGGUGGGGGAAGGUACACGCGCGGAUUACGACGUGCGUGGGAGCGUGAUGGUGGGGGAGGGAGGACGCGCGCUGUCAGUUCAACGCGAGCCACGGACGAGUGCGGAUCGCGCGCGUGCGCGCGCGCGAGAUUUAACGUCGUGUUUGCCGUCAGCCGUGAGUGGGCGUCAUCGCGUCCAUACGUCGUCGUCGUCGUCAACGACGCGGUUUCUUCGCCCCGACUCCACCGCCCUCGUCGCGAAGAAAAUUUUGACAGUCGCGAGUGUGACAACGGACUACGAUCUGUGAUCUUUGUACGCGACGCCGACGCGAGCCGUCGUCUCGUCCUUAACUCGGCGCGAUUCGCGAGAUGCCAGAUACGCGUAGAUAAAACGCGUACGCGGGAAAAACGGAUGCGCGUGUCGACGACUUGCUGGCUGUCGACGCGGGAUGAGCGCCAGAGAAGUCACCCUCUUCGGCGGUUCCCCCUGGGGCUUCCGCAUGCACGGCGGAUGCGACACACAUCAACCUCUGCGCAUCUCCAGGGUAAAUCCGGGAAGCAAGGCAGCCCAGCAGGGAGUGAGAGAGGGUGAUCUGAUUAGUAAUAUUAAUGGAAGGAGCACUCGAGAUUUGACCAACAGCGAGGCGCACGCUCUGCUACGUAAUUCCGGGGAACAGUUAAAACUCGGUCUCAAUCAGGAAAAUAUCGGCUCGCCAAAGAGAAGGAUCUACAAAAGUAGUUUACAAGAGAAUACCACGACCGAGAUUCAGAAUAAGAUCACCACAAGGACCACAACGACCACGCGCACACGGUCAGAAGCGGAGAAGAACGUUGCCAAUGACACAAAAGUCGAGCAGAGGUACGCCAAUCAGAACGGUGCUCUGAAGAGCUGCCCGGGCGAACAACGAAGCGACAUUAAGAAAGGAUAUUACGAUCUCUCGGAUUACGCGACCGACGCGGAGGACAUCAGCAGCGUCGGGAUGCCGCAGGGUAACGCGCGCAACCGCAGCCGCGGUCGCAGGAAUCGGCAUCGACGAAACCAUCCGUCUCUUCAGCGACCUUCGGCGAAUGUGGCGGAGUCGUCGCCGAACGUCGAGCAGAGGAAAUCCGAGGAACAACUACCGGCGUCCUCGAGAAACGGGGGCGACGACGACGACAACGACUCAAAGACGAACGACUCCGUUUCGGAGAAUGCCAUUUCGGAGAAUGCCGAUUCGAUCGAAGGCGGAUCGUUGAGUCCUCGAUAUCGAAUCCGCCCGGACGAUAGACGCAGGGUCGAGAAGAUCGAACUGAAGGGGUCUCGUCCCGGGAUAAUCGAGAUUACGACCGUCAGCAGUCUACCCCUCGAGGCGACGAUCGGCCAUAUCGCCGGGGUGGGUAUCCUGGAGACGGGAAGCGGCGACCGGACGACAGUGACGAUAUCGGAGCCGGUAGAAUCGAUACGGCCGUUUCCUGGGUGCUCGAGUACCAAGCUCUCGUCAGCGAAUGGAAAUCGAUUGGAGAUUCGGGAAGUCGACGACAGCGAUACGGAGGUCGAUUGCCGGCCGACGAUCGUCGAAUUCGAGUCUGCCGUGGAAAAGGAACCGAUCGAAGGACCAAGGAUUUUCGAAGAGCUCGAAGAAUCCAAAUCGAAUGAUCGAAUCGGGCAGCAAUUCGUGCCGCAAAAGAAGUUCUCGAGACCGGAAACGGAAUUCCCGACCUCGAUGUGCGCCACCGUGAUGCCCAAGGAUGUGGAGAGGAAGCUGCGGAACUUUAUCGAGGGCCUACAACUGCCGAGCUUUUCCGAGGAAGUGACGGAGGAUGAUGGACGAUCUCUCGAGAAAAACGUGUCUCGAAACGUUUCGACAGAGGAGAGUAAAUCUGUUGAAAAAGCGGCCGUCUCAUCGCGCCGGAAGAUGAGGAAACGCGCGAUGUCGACGGCGUCGCAUUACGCCCGCAACUUCCUGGACAUCAUACAGGAGGAGGGCGAGAGGCUGUCGGAGGACGAGGCGCAACACAUCAGGGAUUUCAUAAACGAGGAGAUUAGCAAAUAUCGGCGCCAAGAUAGACAUUCCGCCGAGAAGGCGAUGAACGAUACCGAAGCAAAACAAGACGAUUCUGAAAAGAUCGAAAGAGCUUCCGAGAAGCUUGAAUGGGAUAUUAAGAUUAAGAUUGAUACGACAGAAAAUGAUGUUUCGGAAUUGCAUUCGUGCGAUAAAGCGAAUAAUUGCGAAGAGGUCGAGCAAAAUAUCGAGCCGAGUUCUGUUAAAAAUGUCGCAAAUUCUGAAAUGCAGGUAACAGAGGAUAUCAUAUCUGCUGUCAAAAUAACGAACGAGACAGCGGACGCUAACAACGACAAAGAUGACAAGCUAUCUCAUGAAUCUGUGGAAAUUGUGGAAACGAACGCAACGCAAGACAAUUCAAGGAUCGAGAAUCAUAUCGAGAUCUUGGAAAAGGAUGCUAAAAACAAUGUCGGCGAAGAAAGUUUGGCAAAUAAUAAAGAGGAAAUCGUUGAUGAGGAAAAUGCGACGGUGAAAAGUAUUGUUACAGCGAGCGACAUAAGUAAAGCGGAAGACAAUAAAUUAUUGACCGAAGUCGAGACACUUAUAGAAUCAUCAGAGAAACGUGACGUAUCACUAAAAGAUUUCGCCGAAACGCGCACGGUGACCGACAAUCCCAGUGUAUCGCGAAAGGAGGACGAGGCUGAUUCAUCCUCGAGUCUUUCGGGAACGAAACGAUCUCCGCCUCUUCCGCCGAGGAGAUCGUCCAGUUUCGGCCACGAGCCUCAGAGACCACCGACGCUACCUGAAAUAGACUAUAUCUCGAGCGACGCGAGCAUUCAUCCACUCGACGCGAAUGGCGAGUCGACGAAUUUACUCGCGCGGAAACGCGGGAAUCGCGAAGCCGAGGCGGCAAGUGAGUCGCCGCGACGACCGGAGCUUCCUAAAACUUUCGGAAAUCCCUCAACGUCAAGGAAGAUUCGCAAAGGCUCUUCUUUCGGAAGAUUGCAUGAAUCUGCUUCGAUUAUCGUUGACAAGAGCUGCGUAAACCAGGCGGACAUUUCGAAGAGAAACGCCAAAGACGGCCGAUUGAUCGCGUCAUCGGGUAUUCGCGACGAUGAUCCGACAUGCUUGCGCGGCGUCACGUUGGCAGACACGGUGAGCACGGAAAUAACGCGUCGCGGGGAAGGGAAGCCUGCGGCGACGCUUGUUGCAGCAGCGACACAUGAUCGAAGCGCACCGUCGAGCCGGCAGGAGGGUGAAGCCGAGGUGCAUAGGUGUCUUCCUUCGCACCGGGACAAUUCGGGGAGGAAGAAUUCAACGAUCGAUGGUUCAUCGAAAGACGAUAAAUCAGACAUCGGUCCGGAUUCCUCGGCGAAGCGUGGAUCGAGGAUGGGUUCUUCGAGUACCAAGAAUAACAAAGAAAAAUCCGAACGAGAAGAGAGGAACGAGAAAUCGACGUCGAGCUUCCUUCAUCGCGAGCGAAUAAUGAAGAGCGAGAAGAAGACAGAGACGAGGAUAAUCGAACGACACGAGGAAAGCUCGAGCGUUAACCAGCGCGAUAGCCUCCGCGAUUCCAAAUAUUCGACGUGGGAGUCGAAGCGCGAGGAGAGGCACGAGGAAGAAACGCGCAGCUCGUCACGGCAGAGCAACGCGAGGAAUUCGUCCGACGACGAGGCGAGCUCUCAAAGACUGGACGUCUCGACGAGCAAAAAUCCCUCGCCCGAGGGCGACGUUCACGACUCUUCCAGCAGCACUACGUCCUUAAGCACCGUGAAGCAUCGCUCACUGGAGGCAUUGUUGACCGACAUCAGUGCGACCGUAUGCGAAACGAAGGAGAAUAAUUCGAAGAACGAAGCAAAAGAAGAAUCCCUUCUGAAGCGAAAACUCACUCUGCUGAAGACCGCGGGAGCGAAGGUCGCCGAUGAAACGUCAGCGGGGAACUUGGAAUCGCCGCAGCCGGUUCCUUACUCACCCGUGGUGGAUCUUUACUACGUGCCGCUAAACGACGCCGAGGUAGUCUCUCGAGAUGUUCGCGAAAAAAUCUCGAAGGACACGUCGCGACGACCGUCGUCCCUGCGGGAGCUCUGCGUGAAGAGGAUUCUAUCGAUGCCGUUCGGGUCGCAGAUGAUCGACGAGAUCACCGCGCCCAAAUUGAACAUCUUCGAGAGUUUGCGGACUCUGCAGAGGUUUGUGAACGACGUGCCGCGAACGAGAGCGCGUCAGCAACAUAACGAUAACGCCCAGCGAUUAAAACCGAUGCAUGGAGUGAGUGAUGCUCGACCACAUGGACUAACGAAAAUCUCGGACGGGAGCGAGCUGCCGCUUCGGCCUAACGACAUUGUAAACGCUGUUUCAGACCGGGCUAGGUCGUCGACGAACAUUAAUAUUGAGUUGUCAGAAUCGGAGGGCGAAAUGGAGGAACGAUGGCGAGCUCUGUCCACCUCGGAGGAUCCCAGGCUCCUGGUGUGCCUGUCGCCGUCGCAGCAGGCCUCGCGGGUACGCGCGAGCGCGGACACUCUUUUGGACCUUCACCGCAAGUUUCUGAACCGUUACAGCUAUCGGGAUGAACAACCGCGGUGCGUUCCUGUGCCACGAUACCGAGUGCAGAUCCAUCCGACGAUUACGGAGGACGAUGACACGGCCUCGAAAGCGUCUUCUCGAGCGACUAAUCGAGACGCCGUCGAGAGAUCGAGUAGCAGGCUACUGGAGAUUAUCAAGGAGGAGAGGAAUGGUGGAACGAAAACGAUAACCGAGAACGACGCCUCGGAUUUUUUAGAGCAUGGCGGAGGUCAGGAAAGUCUCAAGGUCGCCCGAUCGAACGACUGGUCGAAUUUUGUAAGCCGCGAUAAUCGCCGAAGCGCCACCGCGAACGAGCUAUUCUUGGCGGCGGCGAGGGGCGAGGACGGUGAAUCGGGCGACGAUAAGCCGAGCGGUCAUGUGAUGGAUCGGCUUAGGAUUACGACACGGUCCAAUGUAGCGGAGACCGACGGACAUCGUCCGUUGGCGAACGGCGCGAUUAUCGAUCGAUCGAUGGACGUCGCCGGGAAGAGGACACCGCCUCUUCGAAGAACGGCCGAUCCCGGCAAACACGUGAAUCCGGCGCUGAUUGACGACAGACUCGAGGUACCGCCGUUGCCGAAGCGCGCGGUUACGGUCGACAGAUCGUGUAUCGACACGACGAGCAUCUUCGACCAGAAUCCGCCGAGGAGUCAUCUGGAGCCGCGAAAAUCGCGUCACGAGACCGAGAAACUGAAGCAGGUGGCCGCCGUGGAGAUUAUGGAUAAACUGAAGACGUUGCAGACGGAAACGUCGCGGCGACUCGACGGCGAGAGGAGAGGCUCGUUGCCGCAGGAAUACUUUGUCCAGCAGCUCAAGUAUAUCGAGCUGUUGGAGGAGCAGCUGGAAAAUGUGAUACUGGCGGAGGAGGAGGAAAGGAAGGCCUUCGAGGAAUUCCAAACGCAUUUUCAUCGUACGAAACGGGGCGAUGACGCGAGGAAAUCGUCCGGCGAAGAAACUGAGAAGAAAACCAACGUAAGCUUCGAACGUAAAAUUCCCACCCUUCGCGUCCCGGACGGGAUGACGAACGGAAAAUCCGCGGAAAAUGAGCAACAGAAACAUUCUCGUAGCCACGAGGAGAAGCGCUUCGAAAAUAAUACCUGUCGAAGCGAGCCGGAAAUUCAGAGGGAACAGUGGCGAGAGAAAUCGCGGAAUGUGGAGAAGACUCGCACGGAGACGAUCGAUAAAGCGGGGAGCCGACAAUUUUCAAGAAAGGUAUCUCACGAGAACGGCAUUCACGAGGAAACCUCGGAGAGUAUCGAGCGUGAGGAGUGUCACGUGAUCACCCAGACGGGAAACGUGAAGAGAAUAUCGGAGAACGGUACAUCCGAGCACCGCGAGAAUAGAGUUAACGAGGAUACGCGAACGGAAAAGCCAAGGAACGCUUCCGGAGUGUCUAAUGAGAAAGAAACUCGGUCGUGCAAGAAGACCGUCGACGUCGCGAGAAGACCAACAACGUUGCCGACGAACGGCGAGACGUUUCGCCAACGGAUGUACGACGAGUACGUCGACAAGGUGUUGGAGCGGCAGGAGCGGAAGAGCCACAAGAUCGUGAAGAUCAGCUCGCGCGAGGACAUCGGUCGUAAAACGGACGGCGACAUGAGCGCGAUGGCAAGGGAGUUCAUCGAGAAGGCGCGGAACCGAUUGAACAAGUUCGGGAUCGAUCUUGACGAGAGCGGGACGGAUCGCGAGGAGGACGAGGGCGACGUGAUUAACGCGAAAUUCCUGAUCGACGGCAAGGAGCUGCAGGACGCGUCCGGCAAAUUGCCGAAGCACCUGCGGGAGUUCCUGAAGCUGUCCACCAUGUCCGACGACGACGAGGGCGGGAUUGGCUGCGGUAACAUUGCGAAGGCAAGAGACAAUGACAGCGACUGUCUGCUGCACGAGAUUGACAAAGCUUUGAAAAUCAGCAGGGGAUUUCUACUUGAGCAAGAGAACGUUAUGUUUGCGCCUACGUUUAAAGCCUCGUCAGCUAAACCAGGCGUUUGGUCGCCAGGACAAACGCCAACUGGGAAGGAACCGAGCCCCGUUCGAACCAAGCAACCGCAGAAGAACGAGCCGAUUCCGUCGGUCUGGACCCCGGCCAGCGCCGGCGCGAGCCCCGUCGCCGAGAGGAAGGAAUUUCGUCCCGUGCCAUUCGAGAGUCCUGUGCUGAGCCGGAAGAAGCAACCAAAGGAAGAGGAGGUGCCUCCUCCACCUUGGGACAACGAAGAGGAGAAAAGGACGUUGAGUUCGCGCAGCGUUUACGAGAGUAGCAGCACCUCGCGGAUCGUGAAUUCGCACUCGGCACCAUCCCAGGGAUUAAACGCGCUCGCGUCCGCGCCGCGCUUGCCACGUGCCCAGAAUCCGACCAUCACGUUGCUACAGAAAGCGAGAGAGGGACAAUUGCCAAAAGGCGCGGCUUACUUGGAGGAGAGCGAGUCCGUCAAUAACCGUCCUUCGAGCAACGAAAGACCGUUAAUUUCGCCAGGAGAAAUAAUCUACACCGUGAAGAAAGAGUACGAGAGCGAGCCGGAAACAGAGAAUGAACUGCCGAAGAAGAUGGCCGAUCUGGGCCCUCGAAAAUUUGAGGGGAUCGGCCCGGUGACUAAGGAGGGUAUCCCUCUCGUAUUGAGAUCGGAAGUCAAGGAGAAUAAUCAAGCAAAAUGGUACAAGAGAAUGUACGACUCGUUACACCGCGCGGAUAAAAACGAUGACUACGUGACCGUAAAAUACAAAUCGAGAAGAGGAGGUAGAUAUGGAUACGGAAGCAGCAGCGGAUAUUUGAGUGAACCGGAACCUCGCGCAUACUCGGAUCGAUCCGUUACUCUCGAUAGCCGUCGACGGCUGCGCAACAAAGAAAAUGACUUCACUACGGCGACUAUGCCCAGAAAGAAUGGGGGGCUAAAGUACUCGACGGAGAUUUACAAAAAUCAGCCUGGUCGCAUCGAGGACUAUGAACCAGGACGCUCGUCGAUCGCCGAGAAGGAAGCUAAAGAGUGGUGGGACGAGGUCAUGGACAUAUUUGACGGGUGGCUGAAUGAAAACGGACGUCCUCAGCACGCGCAGGCCAGGAUGGAGUCUCUACGCGGUGAUGUCCGGCAGUCCCGCAUCCUCAGCCUCUCCUAUCGGCCGGAGGACAGUCCUUUCGAUCAGCGUAGCCACGCACGGGUCGCGGCCAAGCCGUAUAUAACUCAUGCUCUCAAAGAGUCAGGAUACGAAAGCGACUCGACGUUGGUGUUUCGUCGAAAGGAGGACAUUAAUCCACUCAGUCUUUUGGAACAGAGACUGGCGUACAAGACGGUACAGAGCGGUGGUGACGUACCCCUCCAUGGGCUUCGCAAGCCAGCCCCGGAACGUCCGAAGGACGACUCCGAGAUCGAGUAUUUCCCGAUCUCGCCGACCUUGACGAGGAUUCGCGUGCAUCGGAGAAGCGCCUCGAGUACAUCGACCUUCUUCUCCUCGUUCUCGCAGACACUUCGAUCGGUACCGUUCUCGGCUGCCUCAAGAACGACGCCGGUCAUGAGAGCUUCUCCUCAUAGCUCUCCGUCGCGAGCAAUGUCGGCGUCGAGACCGCCUUCGCCGCCCCGAAGAAAGUCCUCGCGCCACAGCAGAACUCUGAAGCUAUACUCGGAGAGCACGCGGCUGAUCGAUUGCUCGCAUUCUUCGUCGAAACCCCGGCACGAACAGUGUUUCGCACGCGCCGACAGUGUGACGAGUAUCAGAUCGCUGAGGGAAAAAUUCUGUAGCAAUCUCGAGCGGCAUCGACGAAAUCGUGAGCAGUUUCACAGCGCGAUUAUUACGCGUACAUCCUCAAGCAGCCCAGUCACUUCAAAGACCACCAAAACGUCCGGUUUUUUCUCCAAUUCCUUCAACAAGAGAAAGUCGGAUCCCUGCCUGUCACACACUCAAUUUGAAGGAAGCAAAAAAUUAAACUUGCCGUCAAGCACUACGAGAAGUUACAUUUGUUCCUUAGUAUCGCCGAGGACCAUACGAGAAUCUUCCACGAAGAUUGAUAAACUUGCAACGGUAAAAGUACCAUCGAGAUACACUUCUGUGACCAAAGAACGACAGAGAUCUCCGGAAAGGAGCCAAAUUGGCACGAGAUCGGAUCAUCCUUUAUCAAGUGAAAAGAAGAGAGAAAAGCUUCGUCUGACGAAGAAGGAGCAGGAGCAGUCGUGCAGGAGGCUGAGCAAAUCACCGGCAGAAAUCUCCUCGCCAGUAGAGGCCAGGAAAGCUUUGCAGAAGCAAAAAGAGAAGGAAGCGAGAGACGUGCAGACUAGAGUGCUUUCGUCAGGCACAGUGGUAAAGAGCUCGACGAUUCCGUAUGGUUCAUCGAGUAAACAGAAGCGUUCAGUAGACAAAUCUCUUAAGAUCGUCGUGGCGGUCUCGCCCAAGGGACAGGAAUUAUUGCGAAAGACGUCUGAACAAUCUGCAUCGACGAGAAAGACAUCGAGUUCUCAGCUGAAAUCUCCCCCGAAAAGCACGUCGUCGCAGAUUGCUAAAAAGAUCCUGUCGGAACCGAAAAAGACAAAGAUUAUCGCGAAGCCGCCGGAGAAACUGCUCGUCAGUAAGGAGUCCUUACGCUCGGUGUCUUCGUCCUGUUCCGAGGUGAAUAGUGAGAUAAGCAGGAGGAAGCGACCUCGUGAGAAACCACAGACGAUCGUCAGGACUCCGGUUAAAAAACCGGAAACGAUACGCGUGGGCGUAAACGGCAACAGGAAAAAGAUGGAAGCCAGGAAAAAAACGCAAAAAGACAAGAAUAGCGACCAAGUGGAUGCGAGCACGUCCUUGAACGGCUGGAGAGAAUUGGCCGAAAAGGAGGAUAUUAAGUUGCUGAGGAGGGUGGAAAAAAUGGUGCCGACCGUCGAGCAGGAGUCUUCCAAGGAUCAGAUCGUUCCUUUGACCGUGGAGGAAAUUAAGCGGCACCAGGAGGCGACGCGUACCGACACCUUCUUCCAGAAUCUCUUCCUACGAAAUAGCUCGUCGACCGUACAAUCUCACGCAACCGCGAGAAAAUCCCUUGUCGGCGAGCGCGCAAAGAUGUUUCAGGACAUUGCGAGAGAGAGCUUCAAGUCGGAGCCGUCUCUAAAAUCCUUGAGCGUUUACCUGGCGCACAAGCGACCAGUUUCGAAUUCAAAGUUUAAGAACUGGGAGCGCGAGAGCGUCUCGUCCAGGAGUUCCAGUCCGUACGGAGUUUGCUGGCCCGGCCGGUCAGUUCUACAGAAGGUCAGCAAGUUCGACAGCUUGCUGGGCCUAGACGAGUUCAGCUCGUCCACCACAUUGCGCAAUCGGAGCCCGGAAUUGUCGCGGGAACAUGUGAAAGAGCGGAGUCUGAGCGAACCACCGCUGAAGACCCUGCCAGAAUCCAGAGAAUCUUCUCCACGAUCGUCUUCGCCGUCUCCAGCGAGAUCUCAAGCGCCUCGACGAAUUUGCAUUUUGAAACAAGACGACUCGAAUAUUCCGUUAACGAUUACCUCGAAGAAAGCGAGAGCUAGAAGCGUCGGCGAGGCGGAGGACGCGAGGCGGAGGAUGCUCGGUUCGAGCUUAUCAUUGACGAAGAGCACCGGCUCUUUGUCAUCGGUCGAUCGAGAGGACUAUCAGCAAUAUAUACUCGAGCUAUUACAUCACAGACGCAAAUCGAAGCGAUACAAGGACUUGUGUGACUUUUACACGAGCCUCAGCAGAAUGGAUCAGUUGGAGCGCACAUUCUCGUCCGGGGAUCUACGACCGAGGAUGAAGAACGAGGAAAUUAUCGACUACGAUCGUUGGAAGCGAGUUAGAUCGAAGGAGAAGGCGGAACAGGAACUGAAGGAGCUCUACGGGAAGCUGAAGAACGUCCAGCGCGACAAGGACUUUCUCUUUAGCGCGAAGGACGUUGAUAAGUUCAGAUGGCAUGGAGACUGUGGACUUCGCUGUAAAGAACGCUCCGUAGAAGACAUUCUGCAGUAUUUUAAAAGGCUCCAGAGCGAGGGGAACGAGCUGGAAUCUUCGAGGCUGGCAGCUAUCUCCUUGCAGAAGGAUACAUACAAACCUCUUUGGCGCGGCAGCUCGGUCGUGAACGUGGCGACCACGAUGCAGAAGAAGGCCAACGCCAGUCGAGACACCGAUAGAUCCGCCGAUUAUCAUCCAUCUCUUCAGAGAAGUCUUGGCGGCAGCAAAAAAUUUUGGAGCAGUCUUUCUAUUGAACAAGUGGCCAUCCUGAAGAAACAGCUGAAUGAAAUCUACGGUAGCGACAAUCUUCAGAAAUCUACAUGUCGAUCGAACGGCGAAAUCGUCGAAGGACCUCACGAGAUCAGCGAGGAUCAACGAUCUGUUAACGAAAAUCGCGAUGCGGCUAAAAGCGAAACCUUGACGAGGUACGAAAUAAUUGUGCCGCCUGAAGGUGAUUCCAAGGAUCGUCCUCAGGACGAUUCAAAAAGUCUUCAUGUGCGAUGCCACUCGAUGAUCGCAACGAACGAAUCGCCAAUGUUGCUGAAGGAACAGAGUUGCGACGCGACUCGAGUCGAAGGUAUCCUGAAGAAGAGCGAUUCCAUCGGUCGUUUGAAAGGGCUCGAGAGAUCCGAAUCCGAAAAAUCGAUUUCGCCGCCGAUGACGGAGCUAGAGAAGAAGAGGCUAUCGUUGACCCUCGGCAAGGAAGUACUGGAUAAGAUGACGCGAAGAAGAUUAUCCGCACCUCUAGCGCCUCGAGAGACUCGCGGUAGUAUUGCCGCUGCCUUGGCGAUCGAAAAAAUGCCAAAAAAAUCGUUUACGAAGGGCACGGCGAGGACAAUUUGCGCGUCUGACACGCCCAGCGUGGCCAGCACCUCUCCAAGGACAUGUUAUUCUCUCGAAGCGCCAUACAUCGAGGAUUCGACCAAAUCUAAAGACAAGAGCGAUUUUCUGCUGGUGUUGACGCCCAAUAACGAGAGUCCUACCGACAAGCAACGCGUGGAAACCGUACUCGAAGAGUGGUCGAAGAAACCGCCCUUGUUGGCCAUGGUAAUACCAUCGGAAAAAGCGAAAUCGAGCAAACUGGUCUCGAGCAGCGAAGUGGACAGCAUGACGGAGAGCUCGGAGGCUUCGGUGAAGACGGUGAUCCAGCGGAGCGGCGUGAUCGAGACGGAGGAUGUGUCGCGGAAGAUCGAGUUCUUCGAGAACGUGGAGAGGAGAGGGGAAUGGCAGCGAGAGGCAGCAACGAUGGCAACAACGACGACGUUUCGCGACAAGAAGAAGCUGUCGUCGUCGCAGAGCGUCGCCGACCUGAAGGAGCUCUUCGGCGAGAUCGAAUCGGCCAAGUACAAUCCGCUCGGCGGCAGGAUCGGUCGAUCGCGAUCGACGUCGCCGUGCGAAAAAACGAUCGGCGAACGGCGGAAGGCGGACGAUAGCCCGACGCUGUCGGAAAUGACGAUGGGUAUGCGACGACAACAACGACAAUCGUUCCGCUCCUGUUCACGGGAGCGUGAACACGACGCGAGACCGCACAGCGUCAGUCCGUGUCGCGCGACCACGCGAUCGAACUCGUCCUGCAGCGUGGACAGCGGCAGCGGCUGGUUGCGCAGUUCGUCGCCGGAUCCCGAGAGAUAUUGGCGCGCGUACCUGAAGCUGGUGCGAAACGGCGCGGUGCGUAGACUGCGAGCGCGCUUCGAGAGCGCCGAGGAUCUAUCGCGGCGCGUUAAGGUCGCACCCGCGCCGAAGCGCUUCCGCAGCGAUCCGGAGCUGGCGCGGUGCUUGCUGAAGAGGACGAGCGAGGCGGCACGCGACGCCACGCGGAAAUCGUACGAGCACGACGUCGAUGUGGCGUGGUUGCGUAGGAGAUUCGAAACGACGAGGAGAGGACGGCCGCGAGGACGAAGAGGCGAGUCGCCGCCGAUCCCGCGGAUGCCGUUGCGCCGCGAUAAUCUCUCGAUGCCGCACAUCGACGUCAUCAGCAAAACCGCCGAGUUGAAGGAGCCGCAAGUUACCAGCACCGUCACCAACCACGUGGCCAGACGAGCGGAGACCGAGGAACUGGAAGCGAGGAGACCGGUCUGCCGAAUGCGGAGGAGAUUCGAGUCCCCGGACAUCGCCGGGCGGACGUCCAUAAUGGGCGAGAUGUUUACGUCGGCGCCGGAUGUUCGCGAACUUCGCGAUAUCGCGCCCUACUUGGCGGGGAAAUGGGUGGCUCAUCGGUAUCCCAGUCGUCACGAUAAUAUGCGCUCUCUAUCGUCGCCGGCCGAUCUUGAGAUUCAUCGAGGCUCCUCGAAGACGCGUUUUUCCUCUCCCGGAGGGAAGAGACCGGAACGACCGCGCGCCACUUCUUCAUCGCCGACUCGACCGAGACCACCCGCGUCGAUUCUCAAAUCGUCGCAGACGAUUGCCUUCGCCGGACAACCCUUCGACCCCGACAAGCACAGACCGAGGUUCAGGUACCAACCACCGCCCCCGCCGCCCUCGCCCAUCGCCACGCGGAAGCGUAGAUCCUGGUGGCCGACCCUGCCCGUCUACACGGCGCGGCCGACCGUCACCUUCGAAGAAUACUCGAAUGCACCCCCGCCGCCGCCAAAAUCCCAGCACUGCAGGGACAAUCGUCAAGAAUCGCCGAGGCGUUAUGUGGAGGGUGAGGUGACGAUUCACUAUCGCUCGCCGGUGCGUACAGAGGCGAAGGAGCCGCUGAGCGAGGAGGAACUCGCGCGACGAAGCGCAGAGAACAUGCGGCGCGUCUACCAGGAGGAACGUCGUCGCAAGUAUCUCCAGGAGUUGCACGACAUCGAUUCCCGCAGGCACACGGAUAACUUUAUACCCUCGCAGAAGUCGCCCAUACCUCUGAAUCGCUACGACGACUUCGUGGACGAUCUGAGCCAGCGAAGUCGGUCCCAAGAUCAAACACCGGAACCGCGUUUGGUCGCGCGGGCGCUCUACAACUUCGUCGGGCAGUCGUCGCGGGAAUUGACUUUUCGACGCGGCGACAUCAUAUUUGUCCGACGACAGGUUGACAAGAACUGGUACGAAGGAGAAUACAAUGCGAUGAUCGGACUGUUCCCUUCCAACUAUGUUGAGAUUCUACCGUACGAUGGUACGAUGCGAACGACACCGAAGAAGGCUCACGAAGGACAGGCACGGGCCAAAUUCAACUUCAUUGCCCAGACUAAUCUCGAAUUGUCUUUAGUGAAAGGCGAAUUGGUGGUCUUGACGAGAAGAGUCGACGAAAAUUGGUACGAAGGGCGCAUAGGAAACAGAAAGGGAAUAUUCCCGAUCUCUUACGUUGACGUCAUCGCGGAGCCUGGACAUCGAUCAGAGACACCGAUUCAAAACAAACCGGUCGCUUCUCCGGCGGCGCACAGUCUCCUAGCGAACGGCUCGUCCGGAGGGAAACUGAGUAUGGGACCCCAUCAUUACGUGCCGUCCAUUCCGGUCAAUAUCAACACAACCCAGCCCCAUUACAAUUCACUGCCACGUAUGGGAGGGAGCAAGUUGCAUGUAUCACAACUCAGCGAAACGUUGCACAUCGACACGCAUUCGGAACCAAUCCCGUAUCGAGCUUUGUACAACUACAAGCCGCAAAACGACGACGAGCUGGAGCUGAAGGAGGGCGAUACGGUAUACGUUAUGGAGAAGUGCGACGACGGAUGGUACGUCGGUUCCAGUCAAAGAACCGGCUACUUCGGCACCUUUCCAGGGAACUACGUGGAGAGAUUGUGAGGAAGGUCGACGAUCCGGGACUUGGACGCCGCGCGGCGUAUCAAGGCCCAGGAUAAUAUUCACCAAAGCAUUAGACGGAAUCGUUAAGGUAGACAGCGAAUUUCUCGGCGUUUAACCCGAUCGUUCCCGGCAAUAUAAACGCCCUAUCAGCAUCUUCGAUUAUCAUGAUUAUUAUUUUAUCUAUUUUAUUUUAUGUUUGCAAUUUUAUUUGACCCGCAUAUUAUAUGAAAAAAUCUUAAUAAUUGUCGUCUCAUUGUCUUUUGUAGCUUAAUAAUUAAAUUUUAAUCAUAUGUUUAUAUUUUCGAUACUAUUUGAACAUAUUUAAGAUAAUAAUUCUAUGAUAAUACGCGAAAAAAAUUCAUAUAAUUAUACGAUACACGUAAUUCGCGAAAUGUCACCAAUACAACGAAUAAAACGUCUAAUUAAAUCCACGCGAUCGUGCCUAUGUCGCACAAAAAUACUUUCCGAGUUUGGAGAAUAUGAUUAACAAUCAUAUCAUGCAACGUGGGCAAUAUUUUUAUCGCCCUGAACGAUGAAUAAUUUGAAAGGCGAGAGGGUUAAGCGUUCAGAAUGAAAUGUAAAGAAUGUCACACGAGUCUUCCUUUUUGGAUCUAACGAUGAAGUUAUCGAUAACGCAAUUAAGAUAAAUAUUAAAAGUGUGUUUGCGGCGAGGCGUAAUGGAGCUCUCAUACGAUCAGAUUGUUAUCGCUAAAGAGUCAAUAUCCGAAAUAUUUAUUGAUAUCAAUAUACAUCAUCUCUUGCAUCUAAUGUCACAUAACGAAUGUUCGAUAUGAUUCUCAUACAAUCUCUUAAAUGAUUUUAUUGAUAAAAUGAGAAAUUGAAAAAAACGGAAUUAAUCACUGAUCGUAUCAGGGCCCUUUUUCUGGCGUCGGAUUUACCAAAAGAUUUAGCAAGAUAGUCCGCUAGGAUACGUGAGUUUGUAAGUAGAGUUUGUAAGUAGUGUACAAUAACGAUUUUAGUAAAUUAUUGUUAUAGCUGUUCCUGACAAAUGCGCUUUCCGCUAUCCAGGAAAAUAUUGUCAGGUCGACGUCCAACGUGUUGAGACGUAGUAUCAUCGAAAAAAAAAGAAGCGUAGAGAAAAUACGACAUCGAAGAGUUUCGAAGUAUCCGAGAUAGCGGAUAAUAUAAUUUGACAUUUUAGGACGGUUGUUUUUCCCGAGAGGCAAGAAUUAUCAUCCACACGCGGAGACUUGUUUUAAAUUAGAGAGAACGGUUUCCCCAUGAUUUCGUAUACUGUAGAUAAAAUCGGUCACUGUUAUUGUUGGAUUCGUGAGUAUUUCGAGACUAACGGACUUAUAAUUGAAAGUUUGCCUACCCAAAUUAAUAUUUUUGUAAACAUUAUUUGUACCCAGAGAGUUAUAUAUAAAUAUACAACAUAUAUAUAGAGUAGAUAUAUAUAUCUAUA